AUGGAUAACGUGCUCCGUGACCUCCAAAAUACAGUUUGUCUCGUGUACUUAAACGAUAUUAUUGUGUUCAGCACUUCCUUGCAAGAACACAUGGUAAAUCUCGAGAAAGUAUUUCAGAAACUACGGGAAUCCAACUUUAAAAUACAAAUGGAUAAAUCCGAGUUUCUUAAAUUAGAAACCGCUUAUUUAGGACAUAUAAUUAGUAAAGAUGGCAUUAAGCCAAAUCCUAGUAAAAUAUCAGCCAUAGAAAAGUAUCCAUUACCCAAAACCGCAAAAGAGAUUAAACAGUUUUUAGGCCUUAUAGGUUAUUAUCGGAAGUUCAUCCCAGACUUUGCUCGAAUUACUAAACCUCUGACACAAUGUCUAAAAAAAGGACGAAAAAUAACUCUUGACACAGACUUUAUUAACUGCUUAGAAAAGUGCAAGACUCUCUUAAGGCUUUAA